AUGGGCUUAAAUAGGGCUUACACAACGUCAUACGCAAUGCUGGAGGCGCUGUGGGAUGCCGGAGUUCGAUAUGUGUUUGCAAAUCUUGGUUCCGACCAUCCUGGCAUAAUGGAAGCCAUCAUCAAGGGCCACAGGGAACGAAAGGAUCGAUUCCCGAAGAUUAUAACAUGUCCCCACGAGAUGGUGGCAAUGUCAAUGGCGGAUGGCUAUGCCCGUGUUACCGGGACCCCCCAGUGCGUGCUAAUCCACGUUGAUGUAGGGACUCAGGGGCUAGGUCCUGCUGUUCACAAUGCCUCUGUUGGCCGUACGCCCGUUUUCAUCUUCGCUGGCCUGUCACCUUUCACUCAGGAGGGAGAACUUCGAGGAUCCAGAUCGGAGUUUAUUCACUGGCUUCAGGAUGUUCCGGACCAGAAGCAGAUUGUGGCUCAAUAUUGCCGAUAUACUGCUGAAUUAAAAACCGGGAAGAAUGUCAAACAAAUGGUAAACAGGGCACUUCAAUUUGCUACCAGCGCGCCAAAGGGUCCAGUAUACCUCGUUGCAGGAAGAGAGGUGCUAGAAGAAGAACUUGAGCCAUACUCGCUAGAUCAGAAGCUAUGGUCUCCUAUUUUGUCCUCUGCUCUACCACCCGAUGCAGUAGAGAAUCUAUCAACACGCUUGGUCAAUGCCAAAAACCCGCUCGUGGUAGUAGGAUAUACUGGCCGUAACGAAAAGGGAAUUACUGAGCUAGUGAAACUGGCAGAGCUAGUGAGAGGACUUCGUGUGCUUGAUACUGCUCUGUGUGAGAUGUGUUUCCCAGCAGAUCACACUGCCUAUGUGGGCGGGAGCGAUGCUAAAGACGCUGUCACUUCCGCAGAUGUCAUACUGGUAGUCGACUGUGACGUACCCUGGAUUCAUACACAAUGUCGGCCUGCUUCCGAUGCAUCUAUAUACCACAUUGACGUUGACCCGCUGAAGAACCAGAUGCCUCUCUUUUAUAUCAAUUCCCAGGCAACUUACCGUGCAGACUCAGCCAUUGCUUUUGGACAACUUUACCAACAUAUCUCAAGCUCAGCAGGACUUAUGGAGACUCUAAAAACGCCAGAAUAUAAGUCUCGUUACACUCGGUUAGAAGAUAUCCACAAGGCUCGGAUGCAAUCAUUGACGGAAAUAGAAGCCACACCUUCUGGUGUUGAUGCACCAUUGAACAUACCAUAUGUGAUAUCACAAGCCCGCCAGGCUUGUCCAAUAGACACUAUAUGGUGUGUUGAAGCUGUUUCCAACUCUGGUGUAGUGGCACAACACUUGCGAGCAACCUUGCCAGGCUCCUGGAUUAACAGCGGAGGCGGCGGUCUGGGGUGGUCCGGCGGCGCCGCGUUGGGUAUCAAACUGGCCACAGACGACAGAAACGGCGGCAAGGGCCAAGGAAAGUUCGUCUGCCAGAUCGUUGGCGACGGUACCUAUUUGUUCAGCGUCCCAAGCUCUGUCUACUGGAUUGCUCGUCGAUAUGAAAUACCGGUGUUGACUAUCGUGCUGAACAAUAGAGGGUGGAAUGCACCUCGUAACAGCCUUACUCUAGUUCAUCCUCAAGGAGAAGGAUCUCAACUAACGAACGAAGAGUUGAAUAUAUCAUUUGCUCCUACACCGGACUAUGCUGGCAUUGCUAAGGCUGCCGCGGGAGGCAAGUUGUGGGCUGACAGGGCUGGAAGUGUAGAAGAGCUGGCUAAGAAGCUACCGGAGGCCAUCAAAGCUGUUAUGAGUGGUACAGGGGCUGUACUCGAAGCACAGCUGAACGGCAGAGAAGGGGCUUAUACUGAAAACUAA